AUGGCUCACGAAACACCGUUAGAUCUACCUAAGGGCCACGCGGUCCCAAAGUCGUCCAAAGGAAAGAACGCUGGCUCAAGAAAGUUGCCCAACGGCGCCAAACCGGAUUUUGGACCUGGAGGCGAAAAGAGCGAGAAGACUGGUCAGCAGAAUAAGCAGAAGAAGGCGCCUUCACUUCCAAAUGGAGAGAAACCUAACUUCCACAACGACAAACUGGAGAAGCAGAACAAGAACGCGAAGAAGAAGGACAAGAAGGAGCAGGCUAAGCCAGUUGAGAGCGAUAAGAAAGCAAAGGCUAAGAAGAGCCAGAAAGAAGAAGGUUACGCUGGGUCGUCCUUCCACUCCUCUCCUGAAGCUUUGGCGUUGCCUAAACCUUCCUUCAAGACGUCUCCCAAAUCUAGAGCCACUGAUGCAACUCCCGUCCAGAAUGCUCCACCUAUGUCGAAUGGCCAACAAAGUGGUCCAUGUGCGCAGUAUGGCCAGCCUAUCCAGGGCCCCGUUCGUCAAUCUCCUAUGCAACAGAUGCCUCAAAGACCAAUGGCGAUGAAUGGUCAGUUUAUUUACCAGGGUAUGCCUCCUCAAGGACCUCCCCAGUUUCCGGUAGUUUCCCACCCUCAGGCUGCUCCUUCAGGACCUUAUCAGCCUGGCUUUAACUACACAGUCAAUCCUCAGGGCUUUAUCAACUACCAGUACCCUCCAGGCGCUGUUCCACCUCAACACCUUGGUGUCAGCCCAUUCAAUUACCAACCUCAAUAUCAACCACAGCCUCAAAUGGCCCCAGGCAACAACCCUAACGGCGGCCAACCCCAGGCGGGACACAAGAUUACGUUUAAUGAGUUGAUGGGCUCCUCAAAGUAA